CAUCUUACACCAUCCCAACACCUACACGUUAUCACCCAAAGAAACUAGACAACAACAUCAACACAAGUCUCUGUACCUGGCCAACUACAUCAACACAAGUCUCUGUACCUGGCCAACUACAUCAAACAUUGUACAUAUUUACCUUGGUUUGUUGUAGCAAUGUUUGUUGACAACAAUUGGUUGUUGUCUUUAUCCUCCUCAUAGCUGUAUACGUGACCGUCCAUAACAGUCGUCUUCUGGAGCCGCCAUCCUUUCGAUUUCAAGAACUGCAUCCUCGAGAGGAAUACAUUUGUUCUGAAGUCAUGUCAGUCUUGAGAGUACUAACCGUCUUAACAGCAUUGGUAGCCCAGGUGUUCAACUGGACGGCCUUCUGCACGUCUGUGUGGGGCAAAAUAUACGACGACGUCUUCGGCGACUCCUUUAGAAGUGUUGGGUUGUGGACGUCGUGUCCGUCCGACCUCGUGACCCCAUGCUACUCCUACAUCGGCACCAUCUUGGGUUUCCAUGUUGCUAUUCAAGCAAUGGCGUGCCUGGGUUUCCUUGGCGUCAACUUCACCUUCGUGGCCGCCAUCCUCCGUAUGUCGGCAGCCAAAGACUGGAGGAACCAGUUCCAUCUGUCCAACGGCGCAGUGGCUCUACUUACCGCCUUGUUCUGGCUGGUUGCCGUCGCCGUGUUCGGGGCGUCAUACCGACGUGACGGACGUCUCAAGAAUGCCGGUGGAAGGCUUGGCGACAUCGGUUUCUCGUUCUGGUUGGCUGUGAUGACGAUGCUGGUGGAGAUCAUUCUUGCAGUGCUGUUUAUUAUCAGCAAGAAGAUGGGAGGUUCUGUCUCCGUCAACGAGCCACGAAACAGAAACGGAGUCGAUGUGUCCAUCACUGAAGUCGACGGAGUGUAACGGACAAUCAAAUGUAAUGAUACUCGUUGAGGACAGACAUUACGAUAUAUGUCGUUAUGUAACAAGAAAGUAAGAUUAUUUAUCGAUAACAACUUCUUUAUUAUAUAUGAUGCGACGUUUCGGUAUAGAUUCUUAUACCGAUGUCCAGCAAGGGUGAAGUACUACAGCAUAGAACGGACUUAUAUACAUCAACAGUGAUUAAGUAAAACAACAUGUAGGUAUGAAUCAAGGGGAUAAACAACAACAACGAUGGAUAGUGGUAACAAUGCAGUGACAAUAGGAGGAAGCCAAUUGUCCAUGAGGCAGAACAAAAUAUACAUGGCUGAUAGGAUUAAUUAGCAAUGAUUGCUAGAAUUCUCUGCUCUGUUGUUUUCCUGAGUUCAUUGUAUGCAGAUGGGAUGAGAUAUCCUUGAUCUCUGUUGAUUGAUGACUUGUGUCUGAGGAUUUGGACUGCUUCUGCAAGUUUUCUUUUGGUGAAGUCCUGGAGGUCUUUCGAUAAUAUCUCUGCAUUGUCCCAAAUUAUGUUGUGAUUAGGACAGUUGAUGCUGUGGUCUGAUACUGCUGAUUUUCGGAGUGGGUUGGCAUUCUGUAGACACUGGUUUGAAUCUUGUUAGCUGGGGUUCUGACUACAAGGACAUCAAGAAAGGGAAGUUGGCGUUUCGUCUCUGUUUCUAUGGUGAACUGGGUCCGGGGUGCUGUUGGUUGAGGUGUUGCAGGAGGGUUGCUGGAUCUUGGUCUUCUUGUAGAAUGACAAACGUACCAUCGACCUUCCUGUACCAGCAGGUAGAUUUGAUAGUUGAAGUGCUAAGUGCUUGCUGUUCGAAGGAGCUCAUGUAGAUUUCUGUGAGUACGGGGUACAGAGGGAAGCCCAUGGGCAGGCUAUGGAUUUGCUCACAGUAGUCGUCUCCCAGGUGAAGUAAGUGGAGGUGAUGCAAACAGAGGUCAGGGCGAUGAUGGAGUCAGUGGUGAGGUUAGUGUCAAGGGGGGGUUCUAUUUCAGAGAUGUGUCGGCGGAGGAUUUGGAGAGUUUCAUUUAUAGGGUCCCUAGUGAAGAGGUCCACAACAUCAUAACUUAUGAAUCCUUAUGAUUCAUACCUACAUGUUGUUUUACUUAAUCCCUGUUGAUGUAUAUAA